AUGGAAUCCCUCUCAGACACACAGUGGGAUGUAGUGAUCAGCGGCACGGGGCUCCAGCAGUCCCUCUUCGCCCUACUGACUGACCAGCCUUCUCUCUCUCUCGUGAAAAGUGCGCUGUCGCGAUCUGGAAAGAACAUCCUCCACGUUGACCCCAACGAGUACUACGGCGAGGCUGAGGCCGUUCUGAGCCUGCAGGAGGUGGACGAAUGGGCCGCCAACCACCAGAGUGCUGAAGGCGAUGGCGUCUUUGCAGCGGCGCAGGCGACUCGACCCGGUGGUGCCAAAAGCCUGUCGUCUCGGGCGUACAGCCUCGCGCUGGCACCGCAGCUGAUCCACACGCGCUCAGAGCUUCUCUCGAAGCUGGUGUCGUCGAAAGCGUUCCGGCAACUCGAGUUUCUUGCCGUGGGGUCUUUUUACAUACUCCAGCCCAAGGCCCCAAAGUCGUCGUCUGCCCCUAGCCUGAGUCGCAUUCCGUCGACCCGCGAAGAUGUGUUUACCAAUACGACAAUCUCCGCCAAGGCGAAGCGCGGGCUUAUGAAGUUCCUCAAGUUUGUGCUCGAGUACGACGCUGAGCCGCAGACUGAUGUAUGGAGACCUCGUGCGGGCGACUCGCUGGCGAGUUUUCUUGCGAACGAGUUCAAGCUCGAUGCCGAUCUACAGGCCUACAUCAUCACCCUGACGCUGAGUCUUGAUGGCAAGAUCUCAACAGAAGCUGGCCUCGCUGCUAUCCACCGCCAUCUCACAUCCAUGGGAGUCUUUGGCCCUGGUUUUGCGGCUGUUUACCCCAAAUGGGGAGGCCUUUCUGAAGUGGCUCAAGUGGGCUGCCGAGCUGGUGCUGUUGGCGGUGCCGUCUAUAUGCUCGGUGUUGGUAUCAAGGACGUUCAGAAAACUCCCGCCGCGGCCGAAACGCCCGAGGAGUUCAAUGUCGUCCUAUCCAACGACGUGGUUGUCAAGUCAAAGGCCAUAGUCAAGGGCCUGGGCAAGCCGGCAGGUGAAAGCCGCCGUCUGAGCAGACUGACAGCGAUUGUCGACUCAGGCUUGACGUCAAUUUUUGAAACGGUGACUGAAGGCGCUCCGGUGCCCGCCGUUUCUGUGGUUGCAAUCCCUGCGGGUAGGCCACUUGGCGAAGAUGGAGUCUCUUCCGAGUAUCCCAUCUACGCUCUCGCUCAUUCGAGUGAAGCGGGCGAAUGCCCUACUGGACAAUGUGUAUUAUAUCUGAGCACUCUCACAAGCCCAAGUGCCCAAGCACAUCUUGAGAAAGCUCUCUCAUCUCUCCUAGCCUCUCUGUCGCAGAAUAGCCCAGAGCCUCCUAAGAUACUAUACCAGCUGUACUAUGAGCAAACUGGCGUUGAUACCCCCUCUGUGAAUAUCGACGGGCAAACAGCUGAAUUCUCGCUGCUGCCCUUGGACCUUGCGUUCAAUGACUCUGUAUUGGAUCCUGUCAAGAGCGCUUGGGAAUUGGUUAACCUAAAUGCUACUGAUGAGGAGCGUGCAGAGUAUCUGGUGUUUACAGAUCGGGAGGGAGCAGAUGCUGAAGAUGAGUUUGAUGAUUAA